AUGCAAGGGGAUUGCGUACGUGAGAAAACAAAGAAAAAGUCCAAACUUGGGUGCUCUGGCUUCAUUAUAAAUACUGCCCCAAGUCUGUUAUCUUAUCACACAGCCAAAACUCAAGGCAAGAAAGCCAUUAGCCUCACAAGUUACGUACCAAUGAAGUUCCAAAACCCUACAGUGCUUCUUUUCAUUCUCUCAGUCCUUUCAAUCUCAGUAUCAUGGGCAACUUCAGCAACAGCUGACUUCGAUGGCUUUCUCCAAUGCCUUACCAAACAUUCUCACUCUGCUCACCCAAUCCAGGAAACAAUUUACACCCGUCAAAAUGCCUCCUUUCAAUCUGUUUUGGUAUUACAUAUCAACAACCGCAGAUUUUCUACACCAACAACUACAAAACCUUUGGCCAUAAUAGCAGCCAAGAAUGAAUCCCAUGUCCAAGCAACUGUGGUUUGUGCCAAACGUCAUGGAUUGCAAAUUAAAAUCCGAAGUGGUGGCCACGAUUUCGAGGGUUUAUCUUACACGUCGGAUGUCCCCUUUGUCAUUCUCGACAUGUUUAAUCUUAAAUCCGUUGAUGUUAAUCUUGCGCAGAAAAGAGCUUGGGUUAUGUCUGGAGCUACUCUUGGAGAAGUUUAUUAUGCAAUUGCUGCAAAAACCAAGGUUUAUGGGUUUCCUGCUGGGAUUUGUCCAACGGUUGGUGCUGGAGGCCACUUCGGGGGUGGCGGGUAUGGAUUUAUGAUGAGAAAAUAUGGGCUUAGCGUUGAUAAUAUCGUUGAUGCUAAGAUAGUUACCGUGAAAGGUACAAUCCUUGAUAGAAAGUCAAUGGGAGAAGACCUUUUCUGGGCCAUCAGAGGAGGUGGUGGAGCUAGCUUCGGAGUCAUUCUUUCAUGGAAGCUCAAGCUGGUUCCAGUUCCAGCCAAAGUGACUGUGUUCAACGUUACAAGGACCAUAGAGGAAGGUGUUACAAAUUUGGUUUAUAAGUGGCAAACUGUUGCACCCAAGCUGCCCAAAGAGCUCUUCCUCAGGGCAAUGCCACAAGUGAAGAAUAUUGAUACCAAGGGAAAAAAGACUGUGGCAGUAUCGUUCCUUGGCCAUUUCUUGGGAAAAAGCGACAAGGUUGUUGCAUUGCUCAAUGAGCGUUUCCCUGAAUUGGGUUUACAACGAAAAGACUGCUAUGAAGUGAGUUGGGUGGAAUCCACUGUAUUUUGGGCUGACAAUCCUAUUGGAACUCCGAUAAAUGUUCUUCUCAACAAGCCAACUGAACCUGAAACCUUCUACAAAGGUAAGUCUGACUAUGUAAAGAAGCCGCUUCCAAAACAUGUUUUUGAAUCUAUAUGGAAGAAGAUGAUCGAGAUUGAGAAUAUUUGGUUGGAUUGGAACCCUUACGGUGGAAGAAUGAGUGAGAUUUCUGUGUCAGCAACUCCAUACCCUCACAGGGCCGGAAAUCUAUUUUUUGCUCUAUACUAUUCGUCGUGGUAUGAUGAAGGGAUUGAGACCACCAACAAGUAUCUUGGCUUAAUAAGAGAGUUGUACGAAAUGAUGACUCCAUAUGUCUCCGAGAAUCCAAGAGAGGCCUUCCAAAACUACAGGGAUCUCGACAUUGGUGCCAAUCAGGACAGUCAGACUAACUUUGAGACGGCUAAACUUUAUGGAAAGAAGUACUUUAAAGGUAAUUUUGAUAGAUUGGUACGUGUGAAAACCAAGGUGGAUCCUCAUAAUUUUUUCAAGCAUAAACAAAGUAUCCCAACUCUUUAG